AUGGCAUCUUCCUCGCACGAUUUCGACGAUGGUGGAGGUGACGAUGCCUCGUUGUUGCAAGUUGACCCCCGCACGGAGAUCAAAAGCCUCAUCAGGAACGUCAAGACUCCUGAGUCCUUCGCGUUCGGCUCGAGCCUGCUCGCUCCUUCUCCAAAGCUCACCGUGCAAGGUCUCGGGAGCAUCUCCCUGCCCCUGAGCAACGAAGACGUGGGCACGCUGAGGGGUGCCGCCGAGCGCGCACCGUUCGGUCAUGGAGCAGAGACGAAGGUGGACGAGAGCGUGCGUCGGGCGUGGCAGAUCGACGGCUCCCUCCUCGGGCUCUCGAACGAGUUUGCUCCAAGCCGUGGGGAAGAAGUACGCCUUGCACGCUGCGGAAAAGCUGGGGCUGAGAGCCAAGGCCUUGGGCGUGGAGGCCAGGCUGUACAAGCUCGUGAUGGUACACCUCGGUACUAG